GCGGGGGAGGGGUGCUGGGGAGGGGUGCUGGGGAGGGUGCGGGGGAGGGGUGCUGGGGAGGGUGCUGGGGAGGGUGCGGGGGAGGGGUGCUGGGGCCGGGCUGCUCCUCCACCACUGUGCUCCCCAGCCUCUCCUCUGAGUGGCCUUGGAAGCAUUGAGUAAGAGUCUCCCUGGAGGCAGGAGGGGCUGGCCAUCGGCUCGGGGAGGGUGUCCGCACCACUCCUGGCUCAUAAUCGGGCAGGGAGAAGCCAGCAGGAGGAAGGGGAGACGGGGAAGGAGAGACAAAGACAAAAACAGAGCUAGGAGGAGACAAAAAUACGGAAACAGAGGCAAAGGCUGAGGCUUCUGCAAAUGAGAACCGGAGGGGAGAAAGGGCAGACUUAGGGAAACGGAGAACACACCUAGAGAAGGAGCAGAAAGGGGGUGCAGACAGGAGAAGCAGGGUCAGAAGACCAAAGAGAAAUCAUGGGGGAGGCGGUAAACGGGCAGCACAGGCUUCAGGGUUUGAUUGACCUGGUCCAGGCCCCUGCUCUGCUGUCGCUUGGCUGUGUGACCGGGGGCAAGGUACUUAACUUCUCUGGGAUGUUUCUUUAUCUGUAAAAUGGGAAGCAUAAUAGGACCUACGUUUUGGGACUGCCGAGAGAAUGGAGAGAGGUCACCUAGCCCAGAGCGCACAUUUAAUCUGGGCUGGUCAUUGCUCUUACAGCCCCCACGCGUGCAGGUGGAGGUCUCCAGAGAGAAAUGGCGUGUAGGGAGCUCUGGGACAUGGGGCCUCCUGGGUCCCCUCUCCCACCUCUGCCCCACCCCCACGUAAGGCAUGGGGGGCGCCCAGUCCUUCUGUUUCAGAGGGGGUGUGCGGAUGGACAGUGAGGGGCAUUGUCCCGGGGUCCCGAGGCCCGUGGUACAAGGUUAGGGUCCAGCCGUGUGGGCACAUCCCCUGCUCUCCAGGCGACUCAGUGCCCCGCACGACUGUGCACUCAUCCCUUAGGAACUCAGAGGCUGGCGGUCAGGAGGGCAGGUCCGGAGCCGCCUUCCCCUCUGUAAGGGUGGAGGCUCCUUCUGGACCCCAGUUUCUGGCAUCCUGCCAAUCCUGGGUUUCGAGGGCCCUGGAAGGGGGGACCAGUUCUUCCGGCCGGUGAGCCGGGUUGAAGCCGCAGCCUCUGAACACCUCUCCCUCAGCCCCCGAGCCCCACAAAGUCAGGUCAGGGCUUGCUGGAGUCAGAAGGGGGCUCGGGCUUUAUCGGGCCAUCCCCUCCGACAGGUGCGGAAAAGCACCCUGACCCCACGGAGCUCCAUUCCAGUGGGGAAGACCGACCUUCAUAAGAACAGAAGGAGUGGGGCAUGGGGGCUGUGAGGGUACAUCGGGGCAGCCUGACCACUAACAGCCCCAGAGGAAUAAGACUGAGGGUGCCCCAGCCUGGUGGGGCAGCCAGAGCACAGACCCGCAGCCCCAAUGCUGAUCCCUGAUGGGUCCGUCAGACCUGAAGGUUUCCAGGGUCUGCGAACUCCUGGGAUGGCCUGGCUUAGUCCCACAUGCCCCCGGAGGAGGGACACGGUGCUGAGCCCUUGGCUGGGGCCUGGGGAGUGCUGGUCCGUGUCCGUGUGGAGCUGGCCUCUGCUGGUGGCGGCGGCGAGAGCAACCCAGGGCUCCUCUGGGCCAGGGGGGUCUGUGGUGGCUGGGCUGAGGGCCUGCAGGAGGGCCCGAGGGCGGGAGGAGUGUAUGAAGCGUGUAGCCACUGUGGGGGCAUCCUGGGAGAGGCUGUGAGGAUGGGCCCCCGGUGGGCCUGGCUCCUGGUGCCCUUUCGUGUGGUGUGGGGAGCCACAGAGGGCUCUGGAGAGGGGCAGUGGCCGGAGCAGGGCUGUGCUUUCUGAGGGUGUCUGGCGGUGGCAGUGAGCGGGUGGGCCGGUGCUUUGUUCUUUGAAGCAGAUCCUAAUUCCCUUGUUGCCUCUGAUGCCCGAGACCCCCACGUCCGCCUGUGCCUGCAGAGCGUGGCCGCCGGCACCCACGGGUGGUGGCAGGGGCCCGGACCGCACUGGCGCCGGCCUCCGGCAGGCACGCGAUGCGUGCUUGGUGAUUCAGAAUCCCUGCAGUUUCCCUAUUUCCUGAUGAGUAAACAGGUCGGGCUGAGGACCCUCUAGCUUCUGUUUCCUGAGCCACAGAGAACACCAGCCCGGCCCCUCACCCCUGCCCCCUUCCCGCCCAGCCUCUGGCUCACACACAGGCUUCCUGUCCCUCCAUCCGGCAGACAUUCCUGGCUGCAAAAGGCCUGGCUGGGUGCGGGAGGGGCUGGGCGCUCGCGUGUGCAGGCGUGUGCACGUGCGCGGACAUGGAGAGAGCGGCCCAGGCUGCUGGAGCUGGGUCAGGGUGCGUCCCUGCGUGGAGAGGGAGGGAGGACUCUUCCGACUGGGGUCUAGCUGCCGAGUGGGGAGGACUAAGUGACCCUGUCUCCAUGGCAAAGACAGAUUUGGAAAUGGAACAGAGAGAGAGAGACAGGGAAGGAGACAAACAGACAAGGGAGACACAGGGCAAGGCAGCCCCGGGCACAAGCUAAGACACUCGGCCUCGUGAGCCGAGUGCGGCCGGAGUUCGCCUCCCGCGCCACACCUGAGGAUGCAUUCCCUAGUGCAGUGAACACACUGCACGACUGUGCUGUACCUGACGGCCUUGACAUAGGAAAGGAAGGAGAGAGACAGAAAGACACAGACCAAGAAACUGAUGGAGGAAGGAAAAAAAAAAAAGGCAGAAAGCAAAGAGUUUUUGAUGAGGAACAAGACAGAAACGAAAAGAGGCAGAGAGCCUAGAACGUGGGGGAUUCUGUUUCUGCACCAGCACAGGUCCUCUGAGCUGCUUCUGGUCUGAGGCUCUGUUCCGGGGCGGUCACGGGAACUAGCAGUCCCAGCCCUCACUGCACCCUGUGAGAUGUGGGGGUUAUUCUCCCAUUUUACAGAUGGGGAAAUGGAGGCUGGAGGCCCACGGGGCUCGAGCGAUGUGCUCGAAAGUGACAACUUGUAAGCCCUAGAACCUUUGGAUUCCAAGAUGAGAGGGAGGACAGAGAGACGGAGAGGAGAGGAGGGGCCACUGGGACCCAGCGAGGCGCUGGAGGUGGUGCUCAGGCUGGGGGCUAGGGGGAAGGAGAACCCAGGCGGUCCAACUCAUCAGCCGCCUUUGGCUUCAAGACAUACCUGGCGGGCAGCCCGUGGUUCUGAGGGAUCAGGUUUUGUGGGGGGUCUGGCCCCUCCCCACCCCCACUUCCCUUCUCUGUGCCAGCAGCUAAGGCCCCAUUCCCGGAUCAUCCUGGGGGUUCUUCAGAAAAAAAAAACAAACGGAAAACAAGAAACAGCUUUUCUUGGAAUUAAUGCUCAAAGGGCCAAGGGCGCCAAGGGCAGUGGGGACGGGGAUGGGCUCAGGAGACCCGGGACCCCGGCCGCCAUCCUGGUGACGGGCGAACGUAACUCCUGUAUUAAUCCUGGGGACAGCCCUACAAAGGGAAGUGCUAUCAUCCCCAUUUUACAGACCAGGGAACUGAGAGCUGGCGUUCAUGCCCAGCUCAGAGGGCGUCCUUCGCUGCCCCACCUCCUGGAGAAGAGCUCUGAGGAAGCCCUCUUGCUCUCUGCCUCCUACAGAAACGGAUCCCCUCCUGCCCACCGGGAGCUCGGACCCAGAGUCAUUUCCCUCCUGCUAAGGGGGCCGGGGCACCAGGAGGGCAGGGCUCCCCACCAGAGGGAACCGGCUGCGGCUGGGGGCUGGGGGCCGGGGCCUGGCCCGGGCCGAGCUGCCUUGCAUCUCGAGGUGGAGGAGAGAAGACUGACUGCGAACGCAUCCCGGUUCCCACGCCUCUGGCUCCAUAUCCUGAGCGCUGGGAUCCCCCAGGACGCUCCCUGGCCCCCCCAGGCCCCUGGGCCCAGGGCCUAGCCGCCCUGCCCCUUGGCUCAGCUGAGCUUCUCAGGCUGCAGGAGGCCAUAGAGGCCUGCUCCUGAUGUGUCCUCUGUGAGUGGGGAGCUGGGCAGAGACGCGCACAGUUGGCUCCCGCGAGCCUGGGCGAACAGGUGCCUGCACACCCGUGGUCAGGAGGGGCCUCCUUCAGCGCCACCCGGUCCCGCCCCAGCCCCGCGCCUCCUGCGGCCGCUCUCCACCUGCACACAUGCGGGCCGGGAAGCCCCCCACUUGAGGCGGCCGACUCCCUUCCGGAACCUUGGCUGUUGGAAAGUCCUUCCUCCAGCUGAGCCCAGGCUGUGGCUCUGCGCCGGUCCCCCGCUCUGCACCUGGCCUCUGCGAUGCCACCAGCUCUGCGUGCCCUCCUUCUCCUGGGCCUGGGCCUGCGGCUGGCUGGAGCCCUCAACCCCAGUGACCCCAACACCUGCAGCUUCUGGGAAAGCUUCACCACCACCACCAAGGAGUCUCACUCCCGCCCCUUCAGCCUGCUCCCCUCGGAGCCCUGCGACCGGCCCUGGGAGAGCCCCCACACCUGCCCCCGGCCCACGGUUGUCUACAGGACGGUGUACCGCCAGGUGGUGAAGACGGACCACCGGAAGCGACUCCAGUGCUGCCGGGGCUUCUAUGAGAGCAGCGGGAUCUGUGUCCCGCUCUGUGACCAGGAGUGCGUCCAUGGCCGCUGUGUGGCACCCAAUCAGUGCCAGUGUGUGCAGGACUGGAGGGGUGACGACUGUUCCAGUGGGUGUGCCCCAGGAGUGUGGGGGCUGCAGUGUGACAAGCCCUGUCACUGUGGCAACGGCAGCUCCUGUGACCCCAAGAGUGGAGCGUGCUCCUGCCCCCCCGGCCUGCAGCCCCCACGCUGCCUGGAGCCCUGCUCCCCAGGCCACUAUGGUCCCGCCUGCCAGUUCCACUGCCUGUGCCACGGAGCACCCUGUGACCCCCAGACCGGAGCCUGCUUCUGCCCCCCAGAGAGGACUGGGGCCAGCUGUGAGAUACCCUGUGUCUGGGGCACCGUCGGCUUCUUCUGCCCCAGCACCUAUCCUUGCCACAACGGGGGCGUCUUCCAGGCCUCCCAGGGCUCCUGCAGCUGCCCGCAUGGGUGGAUGGGCAUCAUCUGCUCCCUGCCCUGCCUCGAGGGCUUCCACGGACCCAACUGCUCCCAAGAGUGUCGCUGUCACAAUGGUGGCCUCUGCGACCGCUUCACUGGGCAGUGUCGCUGCGCUCCGGGCUACACGGGGGAUCGGUGCCGUGAGGAGUGCCCCGUGGGCCGCUUCGGGCAGGACUGUGCGGAGACGUGCGACUGCGCGCCCGGCGCCCGCUGCUUCCCGGCCAACGGCGCGUGUCUGUGCGAACACGGCUUCACCGGGGACCGCUGCACCGAGCGCCUCUGCCCCGACGGCCGCUACGGCCUCAGCUGCCAGGAGCCGUGCACCUGCGACCCGGAGCACAGCCUCAGCUGCCACCCGAUGAGCGGGGAGUGCGCGUGCCUGCCGGGCUGGGCCGGCCUGCACUGCAACGAGAGCUGCCCGCAGGACACGCACGGGCCCGGCUGCCAGGAGCAUUGCCUCUGCCUGCACGGCGGCGUGUGCCAGCCCGACAGCGGCCGGUGCCGCUGUGCGCCCGGCUACACGGGCCCGCACUGCGCCAGCCUCUGCCCGCCUGACACUUACGGAAUCAACUGCUCCGCGCGCUGCUCCUGCCACAACGCCCUGGCUUGCUCGCCCAUCGACGGCGCCUGCGUCUGCAAGGAGGGUUGGCAGCCUGGUAACUGCUCUGUGCCCUGCUUACCUGGAACCUGGGGCUUCGGUUGCAACGCCAGCUGCCAGUGCGCCCAUGAGGCAGCCUGCAGCCCCCAGACCGGGGCCUGUACCUGCACCCCUGGGUGGCAGGGGGCCCACUGCCAGCUCCCGUGCCCGAAGGGACAGUUCGGUGAAGGCUGUGCCAGUCGCUGUGACUGUGACCAUGCUGACGGCUGUGACCCUGUUCACGGACGCUGCCGGUGCCAGGCUGGCUGGACAGGCACCCGCUGCCACCUGCCCUGCCCCGAAGGCUUCUGGGGGGCAAACUGCAGUAACACCUGCUCUUGCAAGAAUGGGGGCACCUGCAUCCCCGAGAACGGCAAUUGCGUGUGUGCUCCUGGGUUCCGAGGCCCCUCCUGCCAGAGAUCCUGCCAGCCUGGCCGCUAUGGCAAACGCUGUGUGCCCUGCAAGUGUGGUAACCACUCCUCCUGCCAUCCCUCGAAUGGGACCUGCUACUGUCUGUCUGGCUGGACGGGCCCCGACUGCUCCCAGCCGUGCCCUCUAGGACACUGGGGAGCCAACUGCGCCCAGCCCUGCCAGUGCCGCCAGGGGGGGGCCUGCCACCCCCAGGAUGGGAGCUGUUUCUGUCCCCCAGGCUGGACUGGAUACCUCUGCUUAGAAGGCUGCUCUCCGGGGAUGUUCGGUGCCAACUGCUCCCAGUCCUGCCAGUGUGGUCCUGGAGAGAGGUGCCACCCGGAGACGGGAGCCUGUGUGUGUCCCCCGGGGCACAGCGGCGCCCCCUGCAGGAUUGGAAGCCAGGAGCCCUUCACCAUGAUGCCUGCCUCUCCGGUGGCCUAUAACUCGCUGGGGGCAGUGAUUGGCGUCGCGGUGCUGGGGUCCCUGGUGGUGGCCCUGCUGGCACUGUUCGUCAGCUACCGCCAUUGGCAAAAAGGCAAGGCACACCAACACCUGGCCGUGGCCUACAGCAGCGGGCGGCUGGAUGGCUCUGAGUACGUCAUGCCAGAUGUCCCUCCCAGCUACAGCCACUACUACUCCAACCCCAGCUACCACACCCUGUCACAGUGCUCACCGAAACCCCCGCCCCCGAACAAGCUUCCGGGCAGUCAGCUCUUCGGCAGCCUGCAGGUCCCUGAGCGGCCAGGGGGGGCCCACGGGCAGGAUAACCACAGCACCCUGCCUGCGGACUGGAAGCACCGCCGGGAGCCCCCUGCAGGGCCUCUGGACAGGGGCAGCGGCCGCCUGAGCUACAGCCACAGCUACCGUAGCAGCGACGGCCCAGGCCCGUUCUCUGGUAAAGAGGGGCUGGGGGCCAGCGUGGCUUCUCUGAGCAGCGAAAACCCCUACGCCACCAUCCGGGACCUGCCCAGCCUCCUCGGGGGCCUCCGGGAGAGCAGCUAUGUGGAGAUGAAAGGCCCCCCCUCAGUGUCUCCCCCCAGGCAGCCCCCUCCACUCCGAGACGGCCAGAGGCGGCGACACCCCCAGCCACAGAGAGACAGUGGCACCUAUGAACGGCCCAGCCCUCUGACCUAUGAUGGAGACUCUGUGGGCUGCCAGCCCCCACUGCCUCCGGGCCUGCCCCCUGGCCACUACGACUCCCCAAAGAACAGCCACAUCCCUGGACACUAUGACUUGCCCCCAGUACGGCAUCCCCCGUCACCCCCAGUUCGGCGCCAGGACCGCUGAGGGGUCAGGGUGGUGCGCAGAGGCCAGUACCUGUCCUUCGCGGCCCAGGGCUGGGGGCAGAGCCUGCUGUACCCUGCCAGGAGCGGGGAGAGGACCGGCAGGCCGUGAACGUGAACACGCCUGACAGAGGAAGCAAAUGUCCGGGACACCGGGGCCUGGAUCCUGGGUUCCAUCGUGGGAGACACCGGUCAGCAGGAGGCCUGCCUUCCCUUUUGUACGUUUCGCAACCUAUUGCUCCCCAGGGCCCCAAGGCCUUUGUACAUAAAGUGGUGGGUUGAAUGUU